AUCAGAGCGAGGGUUUAUCGGGCGCCGUUCGUUUUCUCGGGACUCCCUUUCUUUUUCCCUCUGCGCAGAGCCCUCGGAGCGGGGGUCCGGAGCAGAGGAUUUGGGGGUUUUUCUUAUGAUUUCUGGAAGCGGGGAGCGCCCAUCGAUCCAAGAUUGAGGCAUAUUUCUCAUGGAAUUCGAGGUAGCGUUCUUUGAAACGAGAACUUUUGGCCUCUGGCUUCGUAAAAGAUUUGGUUUUCCGUGUUGUGCAGUUAUUUGGUUCUGGAUUGUUGGAGUGGCAUAAGAGCCUUCAUCGACAUGUCAACUUUGACGUUUGUGAUGAUUCAACUUCCAUAUAUCCUCACAGUGGCCUGAAGAGCUUACUAAAUGGUGCUUGAUUGGUAGCCUUGGUUGUAUUAAACAUGCUGAGUUCCAAUGAGGAUGGAGAGGUCUUCUUUGAUGCAUGUGAUAGCAUUAGGACUUCGAUUUCAUCAUCCGAGGAUUCUAUUUUUGAAAAUGAAGAAUUGGAAUUCAGAAAAUUUGGGUAUCAGUUAUGGACAAGGGAGCUGACAAGUGUUCAGGAAAGGCGAGAUAAGUUCUUACAGGAAAUGGGCUUCUAUGAGUCUGUGUCUUCUUCAUCAGGUCCCUCUCAGGAUCACAAAGAAGCUACAGAUGAUAGCUCAAAGGAGCACAUGGAUUUGGCAAGAGUUACGAAAAGCAGUGGCACUGUCUUGCUCUUGGAUGAUAGGCUACAUGUAGAUAGUUUGCCCUCUCCAGAUAAUGGGGUACAUAGGGAUUCUGUCUGUUGUAUAAGGGAUCUGGAUAGUGGGAAGAAAUUUAUCGUUUGUGACCUAGGGCAGGAUGGUUUGUUCAGCACGCUCAAAGAAGUUGGCUCGGACAAAUUGAUGACACUGCAGGAAUUUGAAGCAUUACUUGGUCUUUCUUGUUCUGUUCAAAAACUGAUGCGGAGAGAUGCUGCCUCCUUUGGAGAAAAGCCUGAUGAUGUUAAUAAAAAGAAAUUUAAAAGCUGGUGGAGAAGCUUCUCAGACAGGAGGCAGGCUGCGGGGAUGUGCAAGUCCGACGUUUCUGUUAAAAAUCCCAAGAUGAGGUCAAUGAGAACUAGAGUUCAGCAACACAAGAAAAGGAGUAUGGAGUUCACUGCACUCUACAUGGGACAAGAAAUCAAAGCGCACAAGGGUUUGAUCAGGGCUAUGAAAUUCAGUCCAUCUGGGUGCUAUCUAGCUAGUGGUGGUGAAGAUUGUAUUGUACGCAUUUGGCAGAUUAGAGAAGUGGAAACCUCUUGUGAAUGUUCUAAUGUAGAUGAGUCCUCUAAAAAUGUUGAUGCAGUUAAGGAUAUUAAGCUGCAUUUUAGUAAAAAGUGUAGCAAUUCUGCUUCUGUUAUCAUUCCAAAAAAGGUUUUCAAGAUUGAGGAGGCACCGCUACAAGAAUUUUAUGGGCAUACUGGUGACAUCUUGGACCUGUCUUGGUCAAAGUCUGAUUGUCUGCUGACUUCAUCUAAAGAUAAAACUGUACGCAUGUGGAAAGUUGGCUGCGAUGGUUGCCUUAAAGUUUUUCGACACAAUGAUUAUGCAGUUACAUGCGUUCAGUUCAAUCCCAACGACAAUAAAUACUUCAUCAGUGGCUCCAUAGAUGGCAAAGUUCGUAUCUGGGGAGUUCCAGAGAAUCGGGUGGUUGACUGGGUUGACUUAAGGGAUAUUGUAACUGCUAUCAGUUAUAGGCCAGAUGGAAAGGGGUUUGUUGUCGGUUGUAUCACUGGAAAUUGCCGCUUCUAUAACUACUCAGGUCAAAACAUGCAGCUGGACUCACGAUUAUGUAUUCAGGGGAAGAAGAAGUCUGCUGGCAAACGAAUUACAAGCUUGCAGUUUUCACCAAAAGAUUCUCAAAGGGUCAUGGUCACCGCGGGGGAUGCCAAAGUUCGAAUUGUUGAUGGGUUUGAUGUCAUUCAUAAGUUCAAAGGUCUCCGGAAGGCAAAAAGUCAGUUAUCUGCAUCAUUUACUUCAGAUGGGAGACACAUUGUCUCUGUGGGUGAGGAUUCCUAUGUCUACAUAUGGAACUAUGACAGCUCUGGUAGUCUGUCAUCAAAAGGAUCCAAAUCAAUACGUGCGUGCGAACUCUUCUUUUCGGAGCGUGCAUCAGUUGCAGUUCCAUGGCCUGGCUUGGACCAUGGACAGGCAGGCUCAGGCGGCAAAACUCUUGAUGCUAGUUCCCUGCAGCAGAAAAUUUUGGAGGCAUCCACUUGCCUGAGGGAUCCAGACUGCUUUUCCCUUGGUACAUGGCUCUUUUCUGAUGGUUCAUCAAGGGGAUCUGCAACAUGGCCCGAGGAAAAACUUUCUUCAACACCUAAGCCUUCAUCGAAGACUGAGAGUUGCCAUCAUCACCACUGUCAUCUCCAUCAUCAGUAUCAUUCUCUCACAUCUAUGGCAGCUAUGUGGAGUUUGGUGAUUGUAACCGCAAGCCAUGAUGGAACUAUCAGGUCUUUCCAUAAUUAUGGAUUGCCUGUUAGGUUGUAAGGAGAGGCUUAGUGUAUUCCAGAAUUAUUGGAAGUUGAUUGCACCGAGGCUGCUUGAUCUCUGAGUUGGUGUCGUGUAGCACCCGUUGCAGGAAGAUAAUUUAGUGCACACGGCUGGAUCUCUUAGUUUUCGAUUUCCACCUUGGCAUGAUCACCGUUGGUGCUGCUGAAGUCCGUCUUCAAUGGCAGGCAACCACACUACUGGAUUCUAUAGCACAUAUGGUUGCAGAAUAUUGUCAUUGUCAUUCACAGCGCCUCUUGUAGGUAGAAAGAAACCAAAUGGCGCACAAGACUUUACAGUAAAGGAAAGAGAGCGAAUGAACCUAGGAAUUUUGUAUGUCAGUAUUUAUGUUUAUUUUGUUAGGAAAGUAUUUGGCUGCAACUGGCAGCUUUCAUUUUUGUGCAGAAAUAAAGAUGAAAGUCAUUUUGCUUCCUAGCA